AUGGACAGCUUACGAAUAUUGCCAGAAGCGGCUUGGCUGGCAGUUCGCGAUGCUCCUGACGGCUUCUCAAACAAAUCAUCAGGAGGAUUUCAAUUUGGCGCCAACGCAACACACCAGCAAAUACAGUUUAUCAGCGAACUGCGAUUCGCAGCUGCGAAGUCCAUUCGAACGUCAACAAUAAUACUGGCUGCCUUCAAUGCAGUGGCUGCCUUUGCCACUGCCUGCGGCAUCCUUUACGAUGCAUAUUCAAGUAGAAGAAGAAACAAAAGGCGCUAUGGUGCAGCCGUCGACCGCCCCAAGACGUCUUUCAUUCAAACCGCAGAAGUUUUUCCUCUUGUUAUCUCCAUUGGCAUCGCCGUCCAAGGAAUUGGAUUUUCAGUGGCCCAAGCACAGGGUCUCCAAAGCCUUCUGAGCAUUGGUUGCACUCUGGUUUCGCAAUUUAUGUUACCUGCUGUGUUCAUUGUCCCUUAUAUCCAGCUUGUCUUCGGUGUCGAAUUUGCUAUUCGAGGUCUCCGCAAGAAGCCCUUUCCCGCGCGUGGAAAGUACACUACAACCGUCUGCCUCAUCGUGCUGGGCAUACUGCUGCUUACCAACUUUCUUGUCGCCGAUUUUAUUCGGUCACCUGAUUUUUGCUUUGCUUCUUUAUUCUGGUUUGUGGCAAUCUACUCACGCGGCUGCUUUGCUGUACUGCUUGCCAUCGACAUCAUUCUAGUGCUAUGUACCGCCAUUAUCUUUGUGCGCUUGACACGAAGCAUAAAAAUCGACAUCUCGGAGCGAAUUUCUGCUUCACGCAUGGUGUACUACCUCGCUCUUGGUAUCCUCUCUAACACCCUUAUUAUUCCCUUCUUUUUCUCGCUUGGCUUCCAAUACCAACAAGACGACGGCGGUGGGCAAGCCAUUAGUUUGUCCAUGGUCGCCUCUGUGGUUGCCGGAGUCUCAGGCCUGAUGACCGGUGGCCUGCAUCUCUUCUUGCGUUCCACCACCGUUUCGACCAUUGGGCCACGUGGAAAGUCGGGGGAGUACGAGCGUCAUCGUAUGAAGGACAGGAUUCGUCAUUACGGCGGAAGCGAGCCUGAUUUCCAAGGCCAUAUGAUGGGCCCCGUUGGCAACGGUGCUGACCUUCGCCGUAUGUUGAGUGAUGCUAGCCUUAUCAGCGGCAGCGUGCAUGACGGGAAAGAAGAUGAGGCCGGCAUGCUGGUCAAUCGUGGCCCUUCCCCUUCCUAUGCCAUCACCGCAAGCCGACCGAAUCCAUUAAGAUCCAACGCGUUCUAUCCUUUAAACAUGACGUCAGACUCAGCCACUGCGGUCUCUAUUCAAGCCCCCGAACCCGCUCAGAUGUCGUCUGCAUCAUUAACGUCGUCAUCGGCUAUGUUGACGGCCUCUACACGAAAACUCUCAUUCUCUCCAGCGGCAACAAAGUCGUUGGUACUUCUCCCUGCGACAACGUACAUGCCUGGAACAGCGAAACUUGUCUCAGCUAGCAACAAUGGCCGCUAUGACAUGAGCUCAUUGAAGCCUCCGCCAUCUAUGAACAAUUUGACAGCAGGGCGCCACCGGCGAGACUCAUCCAUGGCAUCGUCUGCCACUGUGCAGAUUGGUCUGCGUCUAUCAAAUGUCGAAGAUUUUGCACCCAUGGAUUCCCAGAUAUUGGAUAAAAAGGUGUACAACCUCUAUAUGUCUGGUGCAGGUGAUGCAGAAGCCGCCGCUGCAGCAGUUCCCGGAAAAAUUGAAGCUGAACAGCAGAAGGUGGCGGCUGCUGUUCUUACACAGAAACAAGAACAACAACAGCCAUUACAGUCUUCACAAAUGGCGCCAACGCGCCGUCCUAGCCCACUGUCCAACCUUGCGCGCCUAGCAACCAAGGACAGCAGGGAUGAGCUGGCCAGUGUUGAGGAUGCCUCUCCAGUGCGGGAUCCUGUAAAAGAUGCUCGGAUGAAGACACUGCCUCCUGUCCCCCACCUGCAGGAGAACGUCGUCACCUCGGACUUUUCGCUUACUACCAGAGAGGAUGCCCUGCUCCGGUCCCAGACAUUAGAACCAAAUGGGUACAACCCUGAUGAUGAUAUUUUUGCCAGCGGCCCAAGAUCAAGUCCGUCUGUAUACAGCCAACAGAGGAGUCCGACGAAAGCACUGUUGACAACAAAGCUACCAAGCCCACGCGGUGUUGGUUUUGCGCCAGUGUCACGGAGUAACAGCUCGGCAGUGCGCUCCACGGCGUCCACCCUCCGCCGGGAAGCCUCGUCCGCAAGCCACACAGGAGUACCAGGCAAGACAACAAGUGAUUGGAUUUAA